AUGGAAAACUCUCUUUUAAAGGAGAAGGCAAGAAUAAAAUGGGAAGAGGAAGGUGAUCAAAACACCAAAUACUUCCACAGUGUCAUGAGACAAAGAAGAAAGAGAGCCUAUCUUCAUAGGAUCAAAAAUGAGCAUGGACAGUGGAUUCAAGGUGAUAAUUUGAUAUCUGAGGCUGCUGUUAGACAUUAUAGUCAACUGUUUAGUCAACCUCAGCAAGAUCACAACUUUAGCUUUCUAAAAAGAAUUGAGAAUGUGGUUACUGAGGAAGACAACAACAGUUUAAUUCAAAUACCUACUAGGGAGGAGAUCGAACAGGCUGUGAAAGACCUUCACCCUGAUAGUGCUGCAGGGCCAGAUGGCUUCAAUGGUCAUUUCUAUAAAAAAUGUUGGAAUAUUAUUGCUAAUGAUUUAACUGCCAUGGUUGAAGACUUUUUCAGAGGCUUGCAGGAGAUCAUUCAUGACAUCAAAAAGAAAAACAAAGGUGGCAAUGUAGUCAUCAAAAUAGAUAUGGCCAAAGCCUAUGACAAAGUCUCUUGGUCCUUUCUCAAUGCUAUCUUAAGAAAAAUGGGAUUUGUGGAAGAAUAUGUUGAUUUUAUUUACAGACUGGUGUCUAAUGUGUGGUACUCCAUUAUUGUAAAUGGAAUAAAAUAUGGUUUCUUCCAUUCUACUGGAGGUCUCAAGAAAGGAGAUCCUCUAUCCCCUGCCCUGUUCAUUAUUGCUGCUAAAUCACUGUCAAAAGCUCUGAAUCAUUUACAUGACAAGGAGGGUUAUAGAGGUUUCUAUAUGAAUCAUGCUGGACCUCAAAUAAACCAUCUCUAUUAUGCAGAUGAUUUAGUCAUCUUCAGUUCUGGGGAUAAAAAUUCCCUAAGAAUGAUCAUGAAAAAGCUGAGACAGUAUGAAGAUGUAUCUGGUCAAGAGAUUAAUAUGGAAAAAAGUUUCUUCCUUACUCCUACUUACACCAUUGAGCACAAUAGGAGAAAAAGGAAAAGAAGAAGAAAAAGAAGAAGAAUGAUCAAAAGGGGUACUGGUUUUAAGCAUCAUCAUUUCCCUUUCAAAUACUUAGGCUGCCCCAUAUAUCAUGGAAGAAAGAAGAUCUCUUAUUUCUCUGAUAUUGCCAAAGCUGUGGUCAACAAAAUCAAAGGAUGGCAAGGAAGUAUGUUGUCUAGCGGAGGUAAAGCUACUCUGAUCAAACAUGUAUUACAAUCACAAACCAUUCACACCAUGGUUGCUAUAUCCCCUCCGAAAACUAUGCUAUCACAACUUGAGAAAUACUUCUCAAUUUUUUUUUGGGGACAAGCUGAUAAUAAGAACAAAUAUCAUUGGAGCUCAUGGAUAAAAAUGUGCUACCCUAUUGGGGAAGGAGGUGUUGGAUUCAAGAGCCUGGAAGAUAUUUGCCUUACUUUCAGUGCCAAGAGAUGGUGGAGAUUUAGAGGUGAGGAUAACUUAUGGUCAAUCUUUCUCAAAUCUAAAUAUUGUCAGAGAAAACAUCCUGUGGAAAGAAAGAUCCAAUCAGGCCAAUCUUCUGUUUGGAGAGAUCUUAUGAGAACAAAGAAUCUCAUAGAACCUCACAUCAUUUGGAAGAUUAAUGAAGGCAAAAUUUCAUUCUGGUGGGACAAUUGGACCAAGCUUGAAGCUCCGGUCAAUAUGCUUAAUGAUCAAAACUACCAUGCCAAUAUUAUUCUGAAUAUUCCUAUUGGCCGUAACAACAUGAAGGACAAACCAAUCUGGAUUGCUACAAACACAGGGGGAGAAACUGCUUUGACUAUAUGGAAAAAAUUUGGUGCUCCUUUGGGCAUUACUUAUAGGGCUCAUAAUGCUAUGGGAAUGAUCCAAAAUUGGAGAAACACUACUUCAAGGAAUCCCCUUCAUAGAACCUUGAAGCAGAUCACUCUCAUCUUCAUUCUAUGGGAAUUAUGGAAAUACAGAAAUGCUGCUAGAUAUGGGAACAAGAAACAGUCUAUUUUCUGGAUUUAUAAGGAAAUUGUGUUUCACAUUCAUGUCUUCAUCAAUAGAAAAGGCCACAAUUUAGACUGUAUAUGGGAUUGGAACAAAAUAUGUUAG